AUCUGUACUUGCUGUCGCUCCAAUCCAGCCGACACGCAAUCUACUGUUGUAAAGGUUGGGGAGUUUUUAACUUCGCAGGUCCUAGAGCAGAGCAAUCGCUAUUGCAGGGCUACGGAUCCGUGGCGCUCGUAGACCUCUUGCAGGUGAGGACUUUGUUUCCGCCAGUCGCUUUGGUUUGCGAAGAUGAGUUGCUACUGGUCGUGUUGUUGUCGGCACUCAAUUUGCACUGGGCUUAGUGGGGCUAUUUAGGGUCAGUGCCAGCUGAUCGGUGGCUUAAGUAUAGUUGUGACGUUCUGCUAAGUUUGGAGAUGGGAGGACUGGAUUUUCGGAGUGAAUGGAAUGAUCGUUGGGUCCUCCUGCUCGAAUCGUCGCGUACUUGGGGGAUUGUUGAUUGUGCAUUUCUGUAAGGGUGCCUCGACUGAAAGUUGUGUGAAAGGGUGGAGGCCAUUGUGGGUUCAGAAAGUGUUUAGUGAGCGAGAUUGAUGUGUUGUCGGCGAGAGAAGAAUUCGCUGACUCUAGUUGAGGCGGCUUAUCUUGUGAUGUCUAGGCAGUUGAAAGUAGGAGUGCGGUUGUAGUCGUCUUUUUGAUGCUGGCCGCUGCUGCAUCCAAAGCUGCUCAGGAAUUUGCAUUUGUUCGUUUCCCGAGAGGUUGUGUUUCUCGCGACUCGCGCAGUCUUGUGGGAAGGUAUAAGCCGUAGUGGGAACAUUUAAAGAUGCCUGAAGUUUGAAGAGGAGUAUCACGACAAUAGCUGAUGAUGGGCGGCCAGGAGGAGCAACCAGGCGUAGUGGAGGAGGCGACAGUGGAGAAAGUGCUGAAGAGGAGUAGUUCUGUAGUGUCGGAGAAAGAGGUGACCUUGAAGGAUCUUGCCCGUAGCAUGGCUAAUUUCGCUGCUGAACGUGAAUGGGACCAGUUCCACAGUCCCCGCAAUCUUCUUCUCGCCCUUGUUGGCGAGGUGGGGGAGCUCUCUGAAAUCUUCCAGUGGAAAGGUGAGGUGCCUCGAGGCCUGUCGGAUUGGAACGACGCCGACAAGGAGCACUUGGGCGAAGAACUUGCCGACGUUUUACUCUAUCUUGUUCGCUUGGCAGACGUGUGUAAUGUAGAUCUCGGCGACUCCGCGCUCCAGAAGCUCCAGAAGAAUGCACGCAAGUACCCACUCUAACUUGUGUCCCAGUGACAGAGGUUAAUGCAGAGGAGCUUCACCGUGACGUGAUCGUAUGUGACACACAUCUGUUAACAUUGGGCAACACGAUUCCUUUGCCGAACUGUUCUAGCGUUUACGGUGUCCUCGAACCAUACAUGGAAUAUGAUCGAAGUGAGGUCUCGAGUUGUAAUCGAUGAAGUUUGCUGCGGUUCAUCUCAGCCAUGGGUUGGACUUGCAAUGUUGGCGUGUAAGAUCUUCAGUGUUGCGGCGCGGUUCAUUCGGCCUCGACGUGAGUUACACUGUGCCAGCAUCGUAUAUUUGAAGAGCUGGACUAAAACUCUGUGUGGGAAUAAGACUUAAAUCUGUUAGUCUUCUUUCGUACGACACAAAACCCGCGUUGGUCAGAUCUAGAUCGUGCUUCUAGAUGCGAACUACUACUAUUACUACUACGAGUACUACUUCCACUAGUCCGGUCGUUACACUAGAUUUUCUCUUUCAACAUUAUCUUUUUCAAUUGUAAAUUUUGGUAAGUGAAACAUAUUAUUGAGAAUCCAUCGA